GGGGGCGUAUCCAAGGGGCGGGGCCAUGUCUAGUACCAGGGCAGCCGGAUCGGGGCAGCCAUGGGGGGGCGCAGGGACCCCCCGACCGGGGAAGCCCAGCAGGGUCGGAUCCGGGCUCGGCUGCUGCGCUGCUUCCUCUGCUCCCGGACCCGGAGCCGGAGCCCAGGUACAAUGCAGCCCCAGGACCCCCCCAGCCCACCAGGGCCGGAUCCAGAGCCAGGAACCCCCCGGGCCUACUUCAGCGGCAAGGCACGUGUGUCCUUCCGCCACCAGCUGGAUGCCCCUCUCGAAGUGGCCGGCUGACAUGGACAAAUCCGCAAUCCCCGCAGCACUGGAGCCCCCCGCCCUGGUGAGAGAGGAGGUGCAGGGCACCCACAGCCCCUCAGCAAUGACACCGAGCUGGGGGGGGCACGGAUCCAGAGACCGCCAGCCAUGGGAGGACUGGAGUAGGGGAAGUGUCCUGGAGAUGAGGGCAGGGUCCUGCAUCCCACGCGGGACAACCCCAGGCCCCAGGACUGGCUUGGACCAAGCAGGAAGGGGUCCGAUCGCCUGCUGGGAACCAUGGGGGGGAACCAAGCAGAGCCCACCCCCCCCACCCCUGAGGCCCCUCCCAGCCCUGCUGCUCUAGGAUCCGAUGGCAUGGGGGAGGGAUCGCAUCCCAACCCCCCCACAUCCAAAUGCCUCAAUAAACAACUCUGCGGUGAUCAAA